AUGUUAAUAACACUCAUUUUAUCAUUCAAAAAAGAUAAUGAAGAAGAUAUUUUACAAUUAGAACCCAGUGCUGACUUGAAAACUAUACUAACAAACGCAAUUGGUGAUCUCAAUCAGUAUAUAUUUCGUAUAAAUAAUAAAGAAAUAGCCGUAAAUGAUUUAGUGCAUAAUCUAUCAUUCACAAACAAUAUGAUAAUCGAUGUUCAACCAAUACCAACACGUGGAGUGAGAAUGAUGUUGUUAGGUAAUCGUGGUAUGCCACUGGAAAUAAAAUCAUCCCAAAACCCACAAAAGCCCACAAUAAAAAUUGAAUCUGUUCAUCUAUCAUGUCUUUCCGAUAUUUAUCAGUCUGAUAAAGAUAUAGUUGGUAUGAUCGUAUAUUCAUACAAUGGUCAAUCAGAUUUUCGAUUGAAUGGUAAACAUUGUACAACGGGUUACAUUUUAAUAAAAGAAACAAAAAAUAUUCAGCAUACACACAGUAAUCAAGGCCAAGUACAUGGAAAACUAUUUAAAUGGUUUUUUGAUGAGGAAGCAGACGAAAAAUUUGUCGGCGGCGGUUUUGCAUUAAGACAAGGUAAAUUGAUAUUCCAUUCAGGAGUAUUUAAUGCUCGAAUAAAAGAUGAAUAUCAUGAUGGUGAUGUAUCAAUGCAUCAAUGUGAAAAAUAUUUAAUUAGAUAUGUUGUAGAUGAAUUAUAUGUUACGCAUCGGUGGAGACAAAGUCAAAAUUUAUCCGUGCGUAAAAUUGAUCGAAGUGAAUUUGCACGUUAUGAACAUUUACCUAUUCAAAAUCAUCCAAAAAUAUCUUGA